CAUCAAAUCAAAUUAAGACAAAACAAAAUAUUGGAAACGUUCUCUUCUUCUUAUUGUUCUCGUUCUCUACACAAAUCAAAUUAAACAUGGCUGGUGCUGCUUUCUUUGCAAUUACUACUACUACCGCGCACUGCUCUCCCCAAUUGGUUCGCGUUCCAAUCACUCAUACCUCUCUCUCUUUUCGAUCUUCAACACCAAUUCUCAAUCGCCGUUUUAGCCCUAAACCUCUCUCUAUUCGAUCACUUUCCGUUUCUGCUUCCGCUGCACCUGCAUCUGGGGCCGUGGCACCUGCAAUUUCGCUUACCGAUAAUGCACUCAAUCACUUGAAUAAGAUGAGGUCUGAACGAAGUCAAGAUCUGUGUUUAAGAAUAGGUGUCAAACAGGGUGGGUGCUCUGGUAUGUCAUACACAAUGGAUUUUGAGGACAGGGCUAAUGCAAGGCCAGAUGACUCCAUCAUUGAAUACAAAGGUUUUGUAAUUGUUUGUGAUCCUAAGAGCCUACUCUUCGUAUUUGGAAUGCAAUUAGACUACAGUGAUGCUCUGAUCGGGGGAGGCUUCAAUUUCAAGAAUCCUAAUGCGACACAAACCUGUGGAUGUGGUAAAUCAUUUAAUGCAGAAAUGUAAAAUCAUGUUUAUAGACAAUAGUGACAAUACUAAGGUGAAUGUUUCAAGCGAUACUUGGGAGUAAUUAUAGGAUUUUAUUACAAUCAUGUUAUAGGAAUUGUCUAGAAAAAAUUCACUGAAUUCGUUUGUUAUUCCCAUUUCUGUUUGUUUGCUGUGGCCUGUGGUGCAUCAGUUUAUUGUUGAUAAAUAAUGAUCAAUAUUAUAUAAAUACCGGACAAGCAGAAUUUACUAACUA